CGAGAAUCCGGUUAUGAAGUGAUGGUGGUGCACGAACGGUGAGUCGAUGUCAACAACAAGAGACUACCCCCCACGGUGACUGUCUAACACUUACCACAGGUCUGAGGGAAGUUACAGCAUUGAGGGGUACCUGACUACUGUACCAAGGUGCUGGACUGGAAAGAGUGUAAUAAUGUUGACCCCCAAGUUUGAGGUGCAUCAAGAUGAUGAUAAUCUCACUGUGAAAAUUUUUGCUCCAUAUUCUCGAAUUUCUGAUGCUGAGAUCAACAUUGAAGGAGAGUCAUUCAUCUUUUAUUCAUCACCCUAUUAUUUAAGACUCACCCUCUCAGGAAAAUUGGUUGACAGUGAACUGGAGAAAUACAAGGCAACAUUUGAUGCUGAUCAUGGAGCAUUUGUUAUUGUCUGCCAGAAAGAAACUCGGGGCGAGCACUUUGCUAACUUGGACAUGCUUACAACUCUUCUGGCACCACAUGGAGCCACUGGGGUGAAAAAACCCAUAAUUGAAGUGAUUGGUGAAGAAUCAACUGUAGACGAGGAAGAAGAAGAAUUUGAUUGGAUGUACGAACAAGCGCUACCAGAUGAGAACAUUGUGACAGCUGGCCACAAGUAUGGCUUUGGAAACAACACCACAGGAGUCUUCACUUCUCUCCAGAGUGAGCUGAAGGGAGUUGUUGAUGUUGAUGAUCCAGACAAUAAGUCAGUGUCCCACAGAAGAGAAGAGAGAAUUACACAAGAGUUGAGUUUAUUUGAUGAAGACCACUACUUGGCUGACUACUUCGACGUUGACACGGCUCAGCAGUGUGUGGAAUUUAUCCCAGAAUUCUACAGCAUAACUAGUGAUGAAGUGGAGCUCAGCUACCAAGAGAAGGAAGAUAUGUUAAAAUUACCUCGUAAGGAUCAUCUUUUGGAUAAAGGAACAAAGUCCAUGGUGUACCUUGGACUCGCUGACAUUCUAUAUGCCUGGUGCUUUAAUCAUCGAGUCACUCUGGGAGAAAACUGUGUGGAAUCUGCAUGGAACAUUGCCAAAUUGAGUUCUACUUUAUCGUGGCUUGAUUCUUUCACACACUUGAAGGAUGUUGCUAUCAGCAGUGUUCGUCGGUCGCUUGCAUUCCCUUUAGUAAGGAAUUGGCAGCUGUCUCAAGAGGUUCUAAAAGAUACUGCACAGAUCCUGACUUUAGGUCGAAAGAAGGUUCUGCAGUGUCUGUUAGAGAUCCAGCGGUUCUUCAACCUCUCAGAACCAAGGUACCUUCUCAACCAAUUGUACAUCACAGACUACUGUGUUUGGGUACAGAAAGUAAAGGAUAACAAGCUAAUUAGUCUGGCAGAUUCUUUGAAAAAGCUGAUGGUGUCCACAUAUCUCAACACUCAACCACUCCUCAUACAUCCGGACACACGUGGGGUUGUGUGCGUCUGUGUUUAUGCGUCCAUGUCAGUGAAUCUCUGGAGAGAUCAACAGUGAGUGAACAGUGCUUUUUAUAAAUAAAUAUCAUUCACAUAUAACUGUUUCAUUGUCUUCAGCCAUUGCUUUUAGCAAUACAGUGUCAAGAAGACUGGGAAUCUUGGCCAAGUAUAGUGAUGCGGAAGUUGGUAAAUAAUAAGUGUGGGUCGUGAUGCAUUUAACUUAUUCUCUACACAGUUAUUCAUUCCUUAUGUGAGACACUAAUGCUUCCCCAGGUCAUUGAGGUCACUUUUUUAAUUUCUUCUGAUCCACUUCAUAAUGGUUGUGCAGUGUGAUAGCUUGUGUGGAGAGGCCUUGUUCAUGGAGGGUGAUAACGUGACCUUGGAGCAGCAACCUUUCAUCUUUCUUGAUUCAUAAUGGUUCGGUGAAGCUUUUGACCACUCUCGGUUAUGGCAGUGACAACAACACUUCUGUUGACGUAACACUUUAUGGUCUAACGACUAUUGCCCCCUCCCAUCAAAACACACACACACACACACACACACAACCCCACAUGUAUCAAUGUGUAGGAGAGGGGGGGGUUGAGUGUUGAGCUGUGUAGACACAAUCAGCUGUAUAAUUACUUUUUGUUUCUAUUACCCCAUCACCAGACUCCUCCCCAACAGUAAUAUUAUGUUUACUUAAAUCCUUCUACAGAGGUAAAGCUGUUAUAAGCCAAUAAUUAAAUUACACUGGUACUAGUUUGUGUGUUGGGGGCAUCUAGACAGUGACUCCAGUAAGGGUGGGGGAACAGGCUCCAUACCCUCCACCUCAGAUGGACCACAAACUUCUAGCCACAACUGUUCAUAUACCCCAGUCUGGUAAAAAACUGCACAUGGAUUGUUCAUAAUUGAAAUAUAACAAUGGAUCUCAUUUUUAUGUGCAUCUGUAAUCAUUGUUGUUUUACAUUAAAAGGUCUACCAUUCUGAAUUAAUCCUGGAUCACCUAUAUGUUAUUGAUUUAAUCCAAAAUUUUAGGAGCUUCAGAUGUCUGUACUUAACCCUUGUAAGUAGAGUGCAGUUGAUAAUACAGCUGUAGUUGUUUUAAUGGUUUAAAUAUAAGUAUCAAGUAACUUGGGACAUUAUAUAUAUAUAU